AUGGAUAAGGGCACCAACAUUUAUAAAACUGAGCGGCUGCUGCUUAAGUCACACUGUCAAGGCUGUCCAGGGAGUAUGUUUCAGGUGGAUGAGAACUACACGCGUGUAUCAGAGUUUGUUAUCGUGGGCUUCCCAAGUCUCCAACCGGAAUAUUUUGACCUAGUGGGGUGGUUUUUCUUCUUCCUUUAUGUGACCACAGUGGUGGGCAACCUUCUGCUGGUGGUGUUGUUUUCUUUGGAGCACAGUCUCCAGAAGCCCAUGUACAUCAUCAUGGUCAGCCUGGCCCUCGCAGACAUUGGCUUUACUACAGUGGUUUUACCCAAACUAAUCGCUCGCUACUGGUGGAAUAAUGGUAGUCUUGGCUUUCAUACGUGCCUCUUCCAAAGGCACAUGAUCCACUAUUUUGGCUCCUUGAACUCACUAAUUUUACUGAUGAUGGCCCUGGACCGAUAUCUGGCCAUCUGUUUUCCCUUUAGAUACCCGAUGUGGAUAACAAACCAAACCAUGACAGGCCUCACGCUCUUCUGCUGGGUGGUGGCACACAUCUUUACUGUCAUCAGCACCAUCAACUUUACCAUGAUACCGUUUUGUGGGCCCAACAAAAUCAAACAGGCAUUCUGCGACACCUUGUCUCUUACAGCUCUAGUGUGUGGGGACCCCAGCCAACUAAUCAGUGCCGCCUAUGUUUCAGCGAUGUUUAUUCUUUAUGUUCCUUUAGCUUUCAUCAUCUUUUCCUACAUUUGCAUCAUCAUCUCAGUAUUGCACAUGGCUAGUGGACAGGGCAGAAUGAAGACAUUCUCUACCUGUGCCACCCAUAGCUGUAUCAUUUCUAUCUACUACCUACCACGUUUCUUUGUCUACUCUACACCUUUCUUUCCUAACCUGAAGAUGACCCCUGACAAGGGUAUAGCAACCACCCUCUUCUACAGUCUUUUCCCUCCACUGGUCAACCCGUUCAUCUACUGUCUGAGAACCAAGGAGAUCAAGCGAAUAUUAACAGACUGGGUCUGGAGAUGUAAGAGCAUUAUGCCUUCAAAGCAUGGCCAAAUUGCAGCUGUCACCAAUUCACACUGA